CGGUGGCGGCGGCGGCGGCUGGGUCGGGCCCCGACGGGCGGCGGCGGCUGAGGUGGAGGCGGAGGGAGGCGGCGGCGGCGGCGGCGGCGGCGGCGGCGGCGGAGGGGGGAAGAUGGCGGCGCCCGUCCUGCUGAGAGUGUCGGUGCCUCGGUGGGAGCGGGUGGCCCGGUAUGCAGUGUGCGCCGCCGGGAUCCUGCUCUCCAUCUACGCCUACCACGUGGAGCGGGAGAAGGAGCGGGACCCCGAGCACCGGGCCCUCUGCGACCUGGGGCCCUGGGUGAAGUGCUCCGCCGCCCUUGCCUCCAGAUGGGGUCGAGGAUUUGGUCUUUUGGGUUCCAUUUUUGGAAAGGAUGGUGUAUUAAACCAGCCAAACAGUGUCUUUGGACUUAUAUUUUAUAUACUACAGUUAUUACUUGGCAUGACAGCAAGUGCAGUUGCAGCUUUAAUCCUCAUGACAUCUUCCAUUGUGUCUGUGGUGGGCUCUUUGUACCUGGCCUACAUUCUGUACUUUGUGCUGAAGGAGUUUUGCAUCAUCUCCGUCAUCACAUACGUGCUGAACUUCAUCCUUCUAAUCAUCAACUACAAACGACUAGUUUACUUGAAUGAGGCCUGGAAACGGCAGCUGCAGCCCAAGCAGGACUGACGACCUGACAAAACUCUAAACUGACAGUCUGAAGUCCCUUUUUCCAUUAAGUUUAUUUUGCAGCAAUUUUUUUUUAUUCUUCACAACAGACACUUUCCCUAAGAAUCUUAAACUGAUUUUUUAAAAUCCUGUAAAUUAGAAGGGGCCCUAGCUGUUUUCUGUGUCAAUCUCCAUUUUAAAUAUGGAUACAAAAAAGGAUACGCCGAGCCAAUCAAAGACAAGCUUUAACUUUACUUUGAAGGUCUUUCUGAAAUUAAAAAAAUGUAGCCCUAACCCCUGUCCCCCAAUUGUAAAGUGAGCGACCAUUGCUAGUAAUUCUUUAAUGUGUAUAAAUUCAAUUUCAGGUAUAACAAAUGUGAUCAUGACAUGAAAAUAUUUUAGAAUAGAUACUGUAUUAAAUAUUGCCAUGUUUACAAUAUGUAAUAUGUUUUUAGCCGAUGGAUUUAAACAUGUAGAUUCAACUAGAAUCCAUUUAUGUGAUAUUUGUAAAUAAAGGUAGAAAUAUUGGAUCCAUCCCUGCAGAACUUGCUAUACAGUUUAGUUGAAGUGUACCAAUGAAGAACUGUCAGCUUGAUGUUGACUGAUGAAAUAGUGGAAAUAGUCAUCUCUUGUGAAAAGUACAGCCAGCCAUGGGUGUAGCAUCAACAGCAAACAUACUGGGGUGGUUGGUUCCCUUCCGUAUCCCUCCUCUGAAUGGAAGAAACUAAAUUGGAAAUGUUCAAGGCAAGUUUGUGUCUAGUCAUAAAACUGGAUCAAUGGUAACUUUAUAGAAUGAGUCAUGUGACCAGACCUUCAAGUCCAAGACCUUCAGGACACUAAUGAUAGGAAAAUGGGUAUUUUUCUUUGGAGAAAAGCUGGAAAUAUUAAUAUGGCAUUUUUAGAUAAAAUCUCUUACACCAGUUGAGUUUUUGCACAGAUAUUUUUCCUUAAUAUUGGUGCCAGUCAACCAAACAGUAUUAUGACUUUGAAAUAACCAGGAUAAGCCCAGUCACUCCAGAGUAGGAUUGCUCUUUGGUAGCUCCACAGCAUUUUCCCUAAUUGUUUCUUUCUGCACCAACUAAUCUGAUGUCGGGUUUAAUUGUUUGAGAGUCAGAUAUUGGAUGUGUAAACUUUAGGGCUGACACACUGCUCAGUUUGCUUAAUCGGUAGAAAUAUCUAAAGGUAAAAUACAAGAAUGUCAUCACUGUUCUUUCUACUAACUACGUGAAUGCAUAAGAAGAAUUUUUAAAGGUGAUUUGAAUAAACCCAAAUGAAAUUGUGACAGUAUGUUUCUAUGGUUAACAUCUUAUAUCAGAAUGUUAAAAGUGCCUUCUGUCUUAAAUCUCAAACCAAAUAUUUCGUGUGUUGAACUUGGGCAGAAGUGUCCUUCCUUCCUUUCUUACCGUGAAGUAGAAAACUUGCAUUUACGGAAAAGUUCUGAAGGAUCAUUUUAUUCCUGUGAUUGAGAAGUAGUAGCAAUGUUUUGCUUCCAAUUCGAUUAAUCAUUAGUUAAAAAUAGUCAAUUAGACCGGUAACUUUUGAGUGCUUUAUUUUGCCUUCUUUUUGAGGGAGGAGACAGGCUUUACUUUGUAAACUGGGUAGAGUCAGCAACUCUUCACUAGUUUCCAACUAACUGUCAUAAUUGACGCAAUGUAGGUCUUCUGGCCCAAGGCACGUGUAAAAUCUUAAUUGUGAUGAACUUCUAACUUCUAAGCUUCUUAAAAGAUAGCUUAAUUCAGAUUUCAUCAAGGCUUGUGUUUUCCCAUGAAUGUGAAUAUUUCAAUGCCUGUUUUAUUAUGUACGUAUUGUUCUUGUAUUCUGAAGUAGUUAAAAGAACUCUAGAAAGUGUUGAUUGGAUGUCUGGUGUUCACAGAGAAGCGAGUCCUCAUGUUUGAGAGCUGUACAGUGAGGCCACGUUGUAGCAGUGCGUCCAGUUCUACCGAGGCAGUUCACUGGUUCUCUUUUCUAAGCUAGAGUGGAAAUGGCUUAAGGGUUAAGACUUCUGUGGUAUAUAUAAGACCAGUUGUGCUAAAUAAGUUCCUUGUGUCCCAAUUUGUAAUGGUUUUUCAUCAUAUUUUGUAUCAAUCAGCAGAGUAUAGUUAAAGCUUGUCUUGACAUUGCAUUCUUGCAAAUGUCUUCAACUCUUACAUGAGAAAACAGGUAAAAAUGUUCAGCCGGACCCUUCGUUUUUCCUUUGCUUUCCUAAGCCUUGGGGAAACCACUGUUUCAGUUGUAUAAAAAUUUUUGCCACAUUA